AUGCUUGCAUCAAAACUAGUAGAAACGUCCACUAUUACAACACAGCACAGAUGCACACGUUUUCAAACAUUUCAUCACGAAACACAGAAGAUGGACUGUGAAAAGCUUGAAGAAACGGAAGACAAUUAUGAAUGCGAAGAAUUUGAAGAGACACCGCUCUAUGCCGCUGUGUUGACAUAUCUAAGCUACGCUAUACUCUGUAUAUUUGGAUGGUUAAGAGACUUUUUGAGACAGUCGUAUGUAGAGAGAAAGAAAGGCGCUCUCGAUCCAAAUGCAAAACUGGGUUUCGUGCCGUUAUAUCAAAGUUAUGAAUCAUUCUAUACGCGAAAUAUGUAUACAAGAGUACGCGAUAUUUUCAAUAGACCAAUUGGCAGUGUGGCUUCAAGUGAAUUUGACUUGGUAGAACGCGUUUCAGAUGAUUAUAACUGGACAUACAGAUAUACUGGAAAUAAAAUUCGUGCAAUUAACCUUGGCUCAUACAAUUAUUUGGGAUUUGCAGAAAAAGACGGACCAUGUGCAACGGCUGCCAUCAAUUCGAUUAAAAGUUAUGGUUCUGCACUUUGUAGUACAAGGUCUGAAUUAGGUACACAGAGCUAUCAUAUUGAAUUGGAAACUUUAUUGGCAGAAUAUUUGGGAGUUGAAAGCUGUAUAGCAUUCGGAAUGGGUUUUGCCACUAAUGCGUUAAAUAUUCCAGCUUUAGUAUCGAAAGGUGAUCUGGUACUUUCGGAUGAAUUAAAUCAUGUCUCGCUUAUACUGGGUAUUAGGCUGUCAGGGGCAAAAAUACAAACAUUUGCUCACAAUGAUAUGAAAGAUUUAGAGCGAAAGCUUCACGAUGCAAUUGUUUAUGGACAGCCUCGACAUCAUCGUCCGUGGCGAAAGAUACUCAUUGUUGUUGAGGGUAUUUAUUCGAUGGAAGGAUCGAUUUGUCGAUUACCGCAAAUAGUAGAAUUAAAGAAGAAAUACAAGGCUUAUUUGUAUUUGGACGAAGCUCACUCGAUUGGUUCGAUGGGAAAACGUGGCAGAGGAAUAGUUGACUAUUACAAUAUGAAUCCAAACGAUAUCGAUAUACUAAUGGGCACGUUUACAAAAAGUUUUGGAAGUUCUGGUGGCUACAUUGGAGGAAAAAAGUCUUUAAUUGAUCACAUACGGAUUAAUUCUCAUGCGAAUUGUUACGCAUCAAGUAUGUGUGCUCCAGUUAUUUAUCAAAUAUUAUCAUCGAUACGCAUUAUAAUGGGCAAAGAUGGUACAAAAGAAGGCAUACGACGAAUACAGCAGCUGGCUGAUAAUACUCGAUAUUUCAGAAAAAACCUUGUUGAUAUGGGUUUUAUUGUUUAUGGAAACAAAAACUCACCGGUGGUACCAAUGAUGAUUUAUAUGCCAGCUCGAGUCACACGAUUUAACAGAGAAAUGCUUGCACGAGGAAUAGCUGUUGUCACUGUUGGAUUUCCAGCUACAAAGCUAUUGGAAGCACGUGUACGAUUUUGUAUAUCUGCUUCUCAUACAAAAGAAAUGUUAGAUAAAGCUUUAUCCGCUAUUGAUGAAGUAGGAGAUACUAUUUCUCUAAGGUAUUCAAAACGUCACGAACAUCGUCGUUUAAAAGAUUUGAAGUAA